UGACUUGAUGUGUUGUCUUUUCAGUCCUUGUACACUCCGUCAAAGUAGACACGAUUUUCAGGAUACACAUAUAGAUAGAGAGGUCUCCGCGUUACCAAAAAAAGCUGUCCAAGCGGAUCGUGAAAACGCAUUCGUUCACUGCUGAAGACCAACGGAAUUUGGGUAAGGCGCGUUUCAGCCCCAGGAUGAAGGUCAGCUGCCAUCUCAUCGGGCUACUGGGCAUGUUGCUGAUGCUGCUUUCUGGUGGAUCCAAGGUCACUGGGAAAACCUUAACGGCAAAAGAGGCACUGCAUAUUCUAUCCGUGGCUGAAAGCAAGAUGGAAAAGUACCGAUCCGGGCUAUUCCUGGGCGAAAGCAAGAAGGUGUUCGGACACUUGCUGUUGACCCUGCAUCAGCGCCACAUUCCUAUCAACGAUCAUUGGCUGAAAACAUCCAUCAUGGUGGCGCUACGCAGGGGCGAUGAUGCUGCUCAUGCUGGAACUACUAGGGAGUUGAAAAUUCUGGCCAAGCAUUUGGGCAUCGGCAAUGCUCGUGCUCAGCACCCUGCGCAGAAAAUACCUGCUGAGCACAAGCCACCCAAGCACCCUGCCCCUCAUCCAAAGACACCGAAACACAAACCACCACCCCAUCACCCCACUCAGCAUAAGCCUCCGCCACAUCACCCCGCUCAGAAGCCUCCACCGCAACACCCCGCUCAGAAGCCUCCACCGCAACACCCCGCUCAGAAGCCUCCACCGCAACACCCAGUACAGCACCCUGCCCAACACAAGGAGCCAGCGCCGCAUCACCCACCUCCACACCACGAACCCAAUCCUCCACCCGAAGCGUAUCACUUUCACGACGAACCUGCGAAACAUCCUACCAAACCUCACCCUUCUGCUCCGAAACCUCCGCCACAUCAUCCCGCUCAAAACCCUCCACCAAAACGCCCCGCUCAGAACCCUCCACCACAACAUCCAGUACAGAAACCUGCGCAACACAAGGAGCCAGCUCCGCACCCGCGUCCACACCACGAACCCAAUCCUCCACCCGAAGCGUUUCACUAUCACGACGAACCUGCGAAACAUCCUACCACACCUCACCCUUCUGCUCCGAAACCUCCACCAAAUCAUCCCGCUCAGCACCCACCGCCACAACACCCACCGCAGCAACCGGCAAAACAACCGGCCAAGCACCCGGCCCAACAGCCGGCCCAGCAACCUGCCCAGCACAAGGGGCCAGCACUGCACCCGACUCCACACCACGAACCCAAUCCUCCGCCCGAAGCGUAUCACUUUCACGAAGAACCGGCGAAACACCCCACAGCGCCUCAACCUUCUGCUCCGAAUCCUGCGGCCACCACGCAUAAGAAACCAGUAUUCACGGACAAGACGAAGGCAACCAUUGACCGUAUGCACAGUCAGCUCUCGCAACUCAACGACAAGGUCAACAAGAUCCUUGAAGUUAUCAGCAAAUACCACCAUGCCUAACCAGUCUCUGGCGUCCUGCUUGUCCAGCUGAAAUAUUUACUCACUGAUCAUGGUUUAUUGCGAUACGAAUUCGCCAGACAUGUAUCAGAAGGGGUUGUUACUAUCAGGGUUGGUUGUGGUCACGUCGCAUUGGAUCCAAUUUCACACGCAGAGCAGCUUCACGCCCGAUUUCCAAGUAAAUUAUGGUACAUCUCUCCAAGUGCUUGUCGCUGGGGAUUCUUUAGCUUUGGUCUGGUGGUAAUUUGGAAAGGUUAUGUUUGUUGUUUGCAUCCCGCUUAUGUCUUUUCUCGCACAGUCAUGAUUACAAUACUACUUGUCUUUCACAAUCCGCGUUUCACAAUGUCAACAUACGUUCUCGCUGGCUAACAGUUAUUAUUUUGUUGGCAUCUCUAGUUGUGCUUGGAAUAGACGAACAGUGUUCACUUAUACUCACGAGAACCUCACACAGCCGGGUACCAUGAUGUUAUAGUCCUCCUCCGGA